UCCCACUAGUAUAAGAGUGACACGCCAUUCAAUCCUUGCCUGGCCCAGUGCUCGUAGAAAGCUAGAGGCAGCAUUGAGCGUUUUCGAACUGCAGGAUAAUAAUAUUAUCUGAUAGAAACCGGCUACAUCCGCGCUGCGUAAAGCUAAAGUCGCACCUAACCGAGUCGACAUGGGGAUCCGAAAGAAAACUAACAAGAAUCCGCCGGUGCUGAGCCACGAGUUUGUCAUCCAAAACCAUGCAGAUAUUGUUUCUUGUGUUGCUAUGGUUUUCCUUCUCGGGCUGAUGUUUGAGGUUACCUCAAAGUUUGCAGUCAUAUUCAUAACUGUCCAGUACAAUGUCACCAUAUCAACACCUGAAGGCCUGGAGGAGACACCCAUGAGCCACUUCCACCAUGGCAUCAAGGAUUUGGCCACGGUCUUCUUCUACAUGCUGGUAGCCAUCAUCAUGCAUGCCAUUAUUCAGGAAUAUGUGCUGGAUAAGAUGAACAGGAAGAAGCACUUCUCCAAAACCAAGCACAGCAAGUUCAAUGAGUCGGGCCAGCUCAGUGUGUUCUACCUAUUCUCCUUUGGCUGGGGCACAAGCAUCCUGCUCUCUGAAAAUUUCCUGUCCAAUCCAGUCACCCUAUGGGAGGGAUACCCCCACACACUGAUGCCGUUCCAGAUGAAAUUCUACUACAUUUGUCAGCUGGGCUACUGGUUACAUGCUCUUCCGGAGCUGUACUUCCAAAAGACAAAAAAGGAGGAUAUUCCACGGCAACUUGUGUACAUCUUCCUGUACCUGGUCCACAUUGCAGGCGCCUAUAUUCUGAAUCUGAACCGUCUGGGUCUGGUCCUGCUUGUGUCGCACUACUUUGUUGAACUACUGUUCCACGUUUCCCGCCUGAUCUACUUCAGCAAUGAGAGCAGACAGAUGGGUUUCACCGUAUGGGCCGUCUUGUUCGUCCUUGGCCGGUUGCUCACCCUGUCCUUGUCUGUGCUCACGGUUGGCUUUGGCCUCUCCACAGCAGAGAAUCAAGGCUUUGAUUUGGCUGCAGGAAACUUUAACAUUUUUUUUGUUCGGAUAACUGUCCUGGCUGCCAUCUGCCUUACUCAGGCCUUCAUGAUGUGGAAAUUUAUCAACUUUCAGCUGCGCCGGUGGAGAGAGCAUGCCCAAGCUCAGACCUUGAAAAAGAAACAAGUUCCUUCCAAGAGCAAGUCAAAGAAAGACAAAGCUAAUGGAGUAAACGGAGUGAGUUCUCAUGGAGCUGAUUCACCAAGAGCAAGAAAGGAGAAGGCAUCAUAAAAACCUUAUCCUCGGCCCAUCGCAUCGUUUCUCCGUGGCCAUGUCAGACCAGCAGACCCUCUGUCAUGAUAAGCAUUUUUAGCGCCCCCUCAGUUGGACUCUAAAGGCCAGAAUGCAUUUAUCUUUGCUUGUCAGCAGUCAUUCAACACGCCUUGAUUUGAGAAUUAUUGCUUCACUGUGCCAUUUCAAAUCAAAAGAAGACAAAUUCAGAAACUGAGCAAACGCUUAUUUAAUAAGUGCCUAUUGAUAUGGCUUGUUUUGUAAAGGGUGUGUAAUUUUAAAACUUCAGGAAUAACAGUGUUUAAUGUUUAUCCAAAGUCAUGAAUUUUCAGUGUUUUUCUUUUCUUUCUAAAUGUGUAUUCCCACUUGUUUUAGUUUCCUCUUGCAUUUAAUUGCUAGCUCAGCUCUUUGCCACCGACCCCUGUCCGUCUUUUGAGGGAUUUUUGCAGACAUUGUUUUUGAAUUUCCCUGAAACAUUUGCAUCUCAAUUUUUAGGCUAUGAUUAGGUUGACAUCACAGACAAUUAAAACCCAUACAGCAGGACACUGUUGGUGUUUUCACCACAUUUCUCACCAACACCAUUUCUGACUGUGCUAAAUGAGCUCGACUGACUGUUGAUAUGUCUCUUACUUGUAUGCCAUAAAAUUAGUUCACAAAUCUA